AAUAUGUUGAACAAGUAUGACUACCUCAAAAAGACCUCUAAAUGUGGAUACCCCAUGCUUCAAGUCUUCCUCUUCCUCUUAUCAAAUGGGGAGAAUUCUUUGGAUGAGGUCAAUGAUACGGCUUGCAAUAACAGCGGGCUGAGUUGCAUCGAGGAAGUCAACGGAGCUACUAAGGCUGAUGGAUUCAAAACAUACAAGAAUGACGACCAAAAGCCACCACCUCCAUGUUGCAUGUAGAUGACAAAGGUUAUAGAGCACAAGCCCUAUGAUCAUAAGGCUGAUGUUUUUAGUUUUGGAAUCGUGCUGUGGGAGCUAUUAACGGGGAAGCUUCCUUAUGAGUACCUGACACCUUUGCAAGUAGCAGUUGGUGUGGUUCAGAAGGGUUUGAGACCAACCAUUCCAAAGCGUACUUGUCCAAAGCUUGCUCAACUUCUCGAAAUGUGCUGGCAACAAGACCCUGCACAAAGACCAGACUUCUCUGAGAUUCUGGAGAUCCUUCAGCUAAUUACCAAAGAGGAAAUUUCACGCCUCCAGAAGGUCCUAGCAUGAUCAGUGCAAUGGAGGAGACGACAUGGCUCUCUCACCAUCUUGGUUCUCUACCUCUUCUUGCAAAGCACCGAAUUAACUGUAUGAGAACCGCCAUCAAACCCAAUAUGGAAGCUCGGAACUAUGCUUAUGCAAAGAAAAUGCUCAAGCUCCUCCUCUGGAAGGCUCCACCAAGCAAGCAGGAAUGCCGAAUGAAGUGAAGAAUCUGAUUACAUAGGGCUCUAAAACAAAUCAAUUGAUGUAGAGGAAUAUCCCUCUCAAUUCUGUUAAGGCAAAGUAAUUGUCAUCGCUUAAUUAAUUGUCUUUUUCUGAUUAAUCACAGCCCUUUAUGUUUAAUCAAUUGAUUAAUUCUCUACCAUUAGGUAUAGUAUAUAAUGCAUAUAAAACUUUCUGUUAUGUACUGUUUAAAGUUAUACAGCACAUGUUAGAGUUCUAAUUUCAGUUUUUCUUUCUCCCA